CACAAUGAUCCAGACAUGGCGGCUCGUGCGCUGUCUCGGGUUCGCAGUUAGUUAAUGUACAUGUCCCCGUGAUCGUGCACGUACUAAAAUUACAAUUUCAUCUCCUCUAGUGGCUCAUGCGAGCCCACUCCAGUGUCAGUGACAUUUCCGCGCGUGAGCUCGAUUCAGUGCCGGCUGCAGUGAAGUGAUCUCGUUCUAUUUAACUACAUACGUUUUUAAGAUAUUCCAUUUUGUUUCAAGGAAAACGUAUAUGCAUCAAAACACUCAUACAUAUCGCUGUUACAAUUUUAAAUAAAUGGAUUCCAGUGUGAAGGUCACGCCGUAUUGACUCUACCAAUGUCAACUCUAAGACCGCGUAUAGUAUCAUAACAAUUCUCUAUACAUAAAUUUCAGUAAAAAAUUAUAUUAAGAAUUUUUACAUGCCUAGAACCUCUAAAUACAAUAUACCAAACGAGGAAGAAUAAAUUAAGCCUCGAUAAGAGUCAGUUACCUAUUCCAAUUUUUAACACAUCGCGUCAUCCGUAAUAGCCACAAUCAUACGCAUUAUUGCUCGAAGUUUGGCGAGCCACUAAUGUGUGUGCGUAAGAUACCACAUUGUUUGUUUUUUGAUAAAUAUGGCGAGGAUCAGCGCGCGCAUUUUAUCGACUUAAUUACCAUAAAACCGCCACACGUGCUUUCUUUAACUUUUUAAAGCGAAUGACGUCGGUGCGGCAAUAUUUUUAUGUGGUAACCCGAGGGUCCCGUGGAAUUUUAUCGCGAUCAAUCGUGGAGAGUGCGUUAUCAAAUAUACCGCGAAGUGCGACGGGUGUCGGUAGGCCGAUAUGUUGUUGCAUGGUGGCAGUGCAUUGAGGGAGCCUAUACAACGAAGGCGCUCAGGUGUUUCAAGAGUUCCAUGCUCGCGUGGAGCGCGCGGCGCGGCUCGGCGGGCGCGGGCGCGGCGUGCGGGCCCGUGCAGCCCGCUCAGCUUGCGCCGCCCGACCUCAGCGCCGAUGAGACCAGCGACCACGAAGUUAAAAGCGCGCUGCUCACGGGCACCGCCGCCGUGGUUAGAAGACGACGCGCCGUAAUAAUCAAAAGAACUAAGAUAACCUUCAAAGUUUCGAGACGUACUAGCGAGGGGGCGGCGGGUCCUCGAGUGCUCCGGUCGACUCCAGACUGGAGUGAAGCGGCAAUCAGCGGCGAGCACCUUUGGCAACCCACAUCAGUGUCCGGAGACUGCUGCUACGUUGGUGAUUCUGAAUGCCAGAAACACGGGCCACGCAUGAAAUGUUCUGCGUGUAAAAUUGUAGCCCACACUGCAUGCAUCGAUAUCCUGAUAGACCGAGUGCAAUUUACAUGUAAGCCGACUUUCAGAGAUGUGGGAGUCAGACAAUACAGGGAACAAACUAUCACACAUCAUCAUUGGGUGCACCGACGGUCCGAAAAAGGAAAGUGCAAGGCUUGCGGCAAGUCAUUGCGGCGCGGUUGCUGUGGGUGGUGCUUAUCCUCAAAGAACACUGUCGAAAAUGCGGUAGGAGGUAGCACUGACCUAGAGGAUCCUUCUCUGCAGGCCAAAAUAUCGUUUAGUUCAAAAGAAAUUGUUGCCUUAAGUUGUUCGUGGUGUAAGGAUGCAUACCACAACAAAGAGAGUUGCUUUAAUCUGCAACGGAUUGGAGAAGAAUGCUCAUUAGGUACCCAAGCAAAUAUAAUUGUACCGCCGUCAUGGAUUGUGAAACUUCCGAGACGGGGCAGUUUCAAAUCGUCUUUAAGGAAAUCGCCGAAAAAGAAAAACGCCGCAAAGAAAAAAGGAAAGGACUCAAAGGUGGAGCAAAGGCCCUUCGUCAUAAAGCCAAUACCGACAGCCAACGUCAAGCCUGUCCUCGUUUUUAUUAACCCAAAAAGCGGAGGCAAUCAAGGUGUGAAACUGUUACAAAAAUUUCAAUGGCUUUUGAAUCCACGACAAGUUUUCGAUUUAACGCAAGGCGGACCAGGACCAGGAUUAGAAAUGUUCCGUAAAGUGCCUAACCUACGCGUCCUGGCGUGUGGAGGAGACGGUACUGUGGGCUGGGUGCUCAGCGUUCUGGACAGGAUCGGUGCCAGACCAGCCGUGGGAGUACUACCCCUGGGUACUGGGAACGACCUCGCGAGAGCUCUCGGAUGGGGAGGGGGUUACGAAGAUGAGCCAAUAUCGAAAAUCCUGGCGCAUAUCGGUGAAAGUGACACCGUGCUGUUAGAUCGAUGGCAGUUGACAGUGGAGCCUAAUUCGGCGGCGUCUGGCGAGGACACCAGCAACGCUAAAGCGGACCUGCCUCUUAACGUCGUUAACAACUAUUUUUCAUUCGGAGUCGACGCUCACAUUGCUCUUGAAUUUCACGAGGCUAGAGAGGCGCAUCCAGAAAAAUUCAACUCUCGAAUACGAAAUAAGCUGUUUUACGGAACAGCGGGCGGAAAAGAUCUCAUGCAACGGAAAUGGAAGGGUUUAGCAGAUUUUGUUACUUUAGAGUGCGAUGGAAAAGACCUUACUCCUGUUUUAAGGGAACAUAAAGUUCACGCCAUUGUCUUUUUAAACAUUCCAAGUUAUGGAGGAGGAACUCAUCCCUGGAAUAAAUCUAUGGGCGCCUCUGAACCCUCGACCGAAGAUGGAUUAAUCGAAGUAGUAGGAUUAACCACAUACCAACUGCCAUUAUUACAAGCGGGUGGUCAUGGCACGUGUAUCACUCAGUGCAAGACGGCGAAAAUAGUGACAACCAAAGUGAUACCCAUGCAAGUGGAUGGCGAGGCUUGUAGGCUUGCACCGUCAGUGAUUACACUAUCCAUUCUGAAUCAGGCUAUAAUGCUUGCCAAGAAGAAACCGGGAAGGGUGCUGGCACCCUUAGCAACGUUGGACAAAUUGACGUUUACUGUGAAUCUCAUAACUAUGGCUGAUUACGAGCGCCACCACUACGACAAGGAAUUGUUGGCUAAAGCAGCCGAACGGAUAGGCACCUUGGAAGUAAAUCCGGCAACCGAUUUAGAGCAAAUGCGAAACCUUGUUCAGAAUAUGAUCAAAGAAUCUCAAGCCUACUCGAACAUCGUCGAUUGGUGGUUCGUCGAUUCCGUUACAGCGGAAAGGUUCUUCCGUAUUGAUAAGGCUCAAGAGAAUCUCCACUAUCCAAUGGAUAUCGGACAUGAAAACAUUUACAUUCUGGACGCGGCGCCUCUUACACCGGACACGGAGACAACAGCUCACCCUGAAACAACUGCUACGGCAUCGUUGGACCGCACAGGACCGUCGGUGUCACUGGACACCACUACGGGACUCUCAGUGUCUCUUGAUAUAUCGCAGAGCGGCGAUACACCGAGCGCUGGAGUCUCAUUGGAUGUGCCAGAAUCACAUGCAAGCGAAUCCGGCUUUGGCAGUCCAGCGCGGACGUCAGAAGAAGUGGCAACUCCACAAACACCACCGUCUGCCGCCGCCACUGCCACGCCCACUUCCAAGUCUUCUCUUUCGCCCAAGCUAUCAGUACCGAGAGUGUCACAAGAUUCCAAUUCUCCCCCAUUAUGUACAAGUCCAACGACCAAAGAUGGCCAAGCAUCUCAAGAGUCACUUGCGAAAUUCAAAACCAUACAUGACAAAUUAUUUGGACUUGAACAAGAAGUAUUUGGCUGUAGAAAUUUAUUGGAAAAAACAUCUGAAUCACUUCUCAAAGCGGCGAAAGUCGGCGACUUGAAAAUGCUUAGGGAUCUGCAUACGGCGGGCUAUUCCCUGCUCUCGAUCGACGCGACUGGCCAGACCGCUUUGCACAUAGCCGCGCGCUAUGGAAAUAGGGAGAUCGUGAAAUAUUUAAUAGCGAGCGCUCCCUCGGCUAUUUUGAAUAUGAGUGACAAUGAAAAGGGGCAAACGGCCUUACACAAGGCGGCUACGUAUAAGCGACGAGCGAUCUGCUGCAUGUUGGUGGCUGGAGGAGCGUCGCUGACGCGGCAGGACCACGCUGGCCUGACCCCGAGACAUCUCGCUUUACGCGCAGAUGAUCACGAUCUUGCCGCGUACUUAGAAAGUCAAGAGCAUUUCCAGAUAGUGUCCGAAGAUUUGGAAACAACCGUUUAGAAAAUCUCUCAGUACAUCACUUAUGAUAAUAAAAAUUCAAUUAAACUAAAAGUAAGAUAAAUUUAAUUCAAUUACCAAAAUGAUAUUGUCAUUACUUGCUUUCCGAAAUUCCAUUAUUUACUAAAUAGAUAAUAUAGAGUUAUAUUGUAAAAUAUAUUGUAGAUUUAUUUAAUAACUUCUACUUUUACGAAUAAAAGACUAUCACUGAGCUUAUAAAUCUAAUAAUGAUAUUAUAUUAUCUCGUUGUCACAUAUCCUCGGAAACUCAAAGAGCAUGUAUUUUUCUCAAUUCAAAAAAGAAUAUAAUAUGCGUGUAAAUACAGAGGCGAAUUUAUCAUUAAAUUCCAGUUUAAAUAAUAUAUUUGUUUGGUUAUUAUUAUAAAAAUUUAAAAUAAGUACUUAUCACUAUUUAAAUCAACGAAUUUCUUGACUACGAUUAUAUAUUACUGACUUGAAUAUUUCUUUUCUAACGGACAUACCCAACAAUUGACGUUGUUAAUUUAAUCAAAAAAUAACUAAAUUUUUAUUUAAACUAAAUGAUGCUACGAGUACUCACUACUAACUACCUUCUAAAAAUUAUAUAUCUAUCUACUUUCCUCUUACUUUCCUAUUUUCUGACAGUGGAUAAUAGAGUUAAUGAAACUUCGCCGUGUUAUUAACAAAUCUUAAAGCUUUAUCUUGAAUCCCUAUUAUUAACUGCGGGAAUACCUUUUAUACGAUUUUUUUAUAUCUAUAAUACACACCUGUACUUUCCUAUAUACUACAUAUUAAUAUCGAAAAACUAAAUUCAUAUAAAUAUAUUACGAUACAUAAGAUUUACGAUUAUAUAGAAUUAAUUAAGAAAUCGAAUAUUUAUUAACUUUUAUUGUAAAAACUUCAGUAUACAUAAUUUUUAAUAUUAACUCUUUAACUAAAGUAUAUUUGUAAUGAAAUUGCAAUGCAGUAGUAAAUCAUUUACUAGAACUCCUCGCUUCAAUUAAUUAUUUAUUCUAGUAUAAUUUAGAAACCUUUCCUGGCAUUAAGCUAUGAUUGGUUAAUAAUAUUAUCGUGGGCGAGUAUAAUAUAAUAUGUCUGAAUGCUCUUCAAAAUAUGUCCAGUAAAAUGAUUUAAUCUUUUGUUCACUUAAUAUUGUAAAGUUUGGUUGUGUUACAAUGUUUGUUAAGAGGGAUUGAAGCAAUCAAAAUAAUAAUAUAAGGAAUUUUACUAGUUAUUUAUUUAUUUAAUUUAUGUAGGCCUAGACAGUUGAAUAGGAGUUGUCGAAGUAAUGUGUUAAAUAUUUAUUAAUAAAGGCCUUUGCACUGCGGCAUAGCUAUUUUGAAACAUUAGCAAUAAUUUAUUGUAACUAAUUAAUUUCGUUGUAAAGAUUCGUUAUUAUGAUCUCAAACUUCUCACUUAAUUAGUUCAUGUAGUUGUUAAAUAUGAUUUCAUAUUAUUAUAUUAACUAUGUAUAUCUUUGCAACUUCAACAUGCAAUAAAUAAAAAUAAUUGUAAGGUAACUAGGAAUCUUUAAAAUUAGUCAAAAUAGCUCACACACCUAAUGGAGUGUUAGUUCUAUAUUAUUAGAAGCAUAACUAUUUGUUGCACUUGUACUCAGCAAUAAAAUAAUUAUACCUGCACAGACCAAACGUAAGAAAAAUAUUUGGAUCCAUAGUUUGCAAGAAAAAAUGUUAAUAAACCUACAUUCUCAUUACCAGCUUAUGAUCUGCGGCCUAAAAGAUCUUCAUACUGUUACAAAACAUAUUUUGACAUAUUUUAAAAUUCAAUCUUUCGGUUAUAAUCACAAUCAUGGAAUUUCCUUAUAUUCUCCAAUUUUAUCUCGUAAAUCGUUAUUUGGAAUAUUAGAAAGCAUUGUUUAGUAUUGGCAUCCCAGCAAAUCCGUAUUGAGAACGUUGUGAUUUGUGUGUAGUUGAAAUUAUUUAAUGACUGUAAUGAAAUACCUCUAUGUAUAGAUAGAUGUUACUCUAUAGUCUUAUUGUAUUAACGAAUUUAUUCGUAUUUCUUAAUUUACUCGCUGAAUAGCGAACAAUGAAAGACAAAGCUGUGAGAUUUUUGAACAUAAUGUAAAAAGUAAGUUCAUUUUUAUUGUAGGCUCGAUUUGUGUGCAAAGUUUUCGUGUUAUCUGUUGUGUUGUACGUAGAUAGAUUUCAUAAGAUGCUACCGAAAUACUUCAAGUUAAUCAUUAUAUAUCGUUAUUUAUUGAUUUGUAAAACAAUGGUCUACAAUCAGUGUAAAUUAUCUGCAGUGUUUUCUACAAUCUCAUGAAGUUUAUUGUCUCCUUUCUCUUCCUUAGUUUUUCUUCUAUGAAAUAAAAAGUGUCAAAGUUAAAUCUUUAAGACUUAGGCAUAUAAGCUACACUCUUCUGUGUAUUCUCUAAGUGCUUUAAAUAUUGUUAUUUAAUAGCAAAACUGUUUUAACCUUUAUCUAGAAUAGAUCUAUGUAUUACUGUACCUUAUUGUAGUAUAUGUAAAUAUUACCUACAUUUAUAUAUUGUGGAGGCCUUCAUUUAUUUAUCGAUUAAAUUAUAAAUCUCUAUCGAAUUAGACUACUUACUAUAUAGUUAUUUCACGACCAAUUUCUAUCUUAACUGUAGUAAAUAUCACUCGCAUUGUGAUUGCAUUGUAAUUCAUAGAUAAUUCGAGCACUGAUAAGUACACUGACUUAAACGUUUAAAUCCUA